UACUUGUUUGUAAAAAUGGCACCGAAAAAAAUAAAGGCAACUGAUACAGUAGAUGGAGUUGAUACAACCAAAAUGAGUAGAGAACAGUUAGAAAUUUAUUCGCACAAGAUACUUGAAGAAUUGGAACGUGAAAGAGAAGAGAGAAAUUUUUUCCAACUUGAAAGAGACAAGCUCAGAACUUUUUGGGAAAUCACAAAACAUCAACUAGACGAAGCACGUACAAUUGUCAGAAAUAAAGAACGUGAAAAAGAGGAACUAGCAGAAAAACAUGAAGCAGAACUCAAAUUAUACAAGCAGAAAGUUAAACACUUAAUGUAUGAACAUCAGACUAAUCUAUCAGAAACUAAAGCUGAUCACAUAGUUGCACUUAAACUGGCACAAGAUGAUCAUAUGGUUCAAGCGAACGAAUUGUAUAAAGAUAAAAAGGAUCUAAAAAAUAUACAGAAGGAACAAGAGCUAGCCCAUAUUAAUGAAAUACGUGCAUUAAAAUUGCAAAAUGCCGAGGAAAUAGAUAAAAUGACAAAACAGUUUGAAACUGAAGCUGCGGAAAUGGAACAAAAAUAUGAACAAAAGUUAACAACCCAGUACGAAUCUCUUAUGCUAAAACAUCGUAUGGAAAUUACUGAAGUGGAAGAGAGAAAAAAUACACAAAUUGCUAAUUUAAUAAAAAAUCACGAGACAGCAUUCUCGGAAAUGAAAAAUUACUAUAACGAUAUUACUUUGAACAAUCUAUCCUUGAUUAAGAGUAUGAAGGAACAAAUGGAAAUAAUGAGAGGUAACGAGGAGCGGAUGAAAAAACAAGUACGGGAAUUGACGAUUGAGAAUAAAAAAUAUUCUGUGGAUUUGAAGUCUCACGAAGAGUCUGUAGCGUAUCUUAGUCGUCAACUUGCAAGUUAUGAAAAAGAUAAACUAUCUUUAACCAAUACAAAAAAAAGAUUAAAUAUUGUUCAGAAAGAUUUCGAAAAUUUGAAAUGGGAAAACGAAGUAUUGGAAUUACGUUUUGAAAAAUGUCAAUCUGAAAGAGAUGAAUUACACUCAAGAUUUGUCUCAGCUAUACUCGAACUUCAACAAAAGACAGGAUUGAAGAAUGUCCUCUUGGAAAAGAAACUCGAAAAAUUAUCAGAUUUAUUAGAACAACGUGAAGCACAAAUCAGUGAGGUACUUGCUGCUGCUCAGUUGGAUCCAAUGGCUGUUGUCAAUGCUAAUAAAAAAUUGGAGAAUAUACUGAAUAGAAAGAAUAGUGCUAUACAAGAUCUCCAAUAUGAAUUGGCGAAAGUUUGUAAAGCGCACGAGGAUUUACUUAGAACAUACGAAGCUAAGUUACAGGAAUACGGGAUUCCGAUUAGUGAACUUGGUUUUCAGCCGCUACGUGUAAAGGCAGUAAGUUCAAAGUUAGGACUGGGACCAGCUGGUCUUGUUACUACAAAUCGCUAGUAUAUAUUAUUUUAAUAAAUAAGUAAGAGUAGUAUAGAUGAUUUUAGACUAUAUUUAUUUUGUAAAACAGAUAAAUUUCAGCACAUCUGUAUUAUUUUUAUACAAAUUACAUAAAAUUAUCACAGAGAAUGUACAGAGUAGGUCAUAUCAGUGCCUGAAAGUUGUAUACAUUUAUAAUUAUCCCUAUUCAAUUUAUAUCUCAACACUUUCAUAAAUUCUGAAUUGUGAUACAGUUUCAUAUCGCCUCUUUGAUCGUACUUUUUCUUAUAAUUAACAACUAACAGGCAUCAAAUACAAUGAAGAUGCUUUAUAUAUAUAUAUAGAUGUUAACAUAUAGACAUAAACACAUCGACUAAACUAAUUUAUAAAAUAUUAUAAAUCGAAUAUAUCAGGUCACGUGGUUAAUAAACUUGAAACACUUAUA